AUGCCGGUGCCGCAAGCGGACAGCGACAGCCAGCAGGAGCAGCCUGCGCCGGGCGGCGGCAAGAAGCAGCAGCAGGAGCUGGAGCAGCCGGCGGCGGGCAAGGCUGCGCCGGGGCCCCACCCGGCCAACGGCGGCGGCGCCGCUGGCGGCGACCCCAGGGCCCCGGCGGGCGCCGCCAAGGCCGGCGGCGGGGUCAAGGGCGACGAGCACGAUGACAACACCGCCGCCGCGCUGCUGCUAGGCAUGGGCUCCAAGUCCGACAGCGACGGCGGCGGCUCCGCGGGCAGCAGCGGGCGCGACCGCGCCAACGGCGGCGCCGGCGGCGGCGGCGUGGCCGCCGCCGCGCGCCGCCGCGCGCUCGAGCGAGGCGCCUCGGCGGCCGCCAACGGCGCCGCGGCCGGCGAGGACGAGGAGGAGGAGGAGGGCGAGGGCGAGGAGGAGAGCGAGGAGGAGCAGCAGCGGCGCGCGCGCGGCAAGGGUCGGCGCGGCGGCGGCGCCGUGCGGCGCUCCACCCGCCGCGGCCGCACCCCGGCCUACCGCGCCUCUGAGCUGCUGGGCUCUGGCUCAGACGACGAGUUCGAGCCCGGCAGCAAGCGCACCGCCAAGGCCGCGGCCGGCGGCGCGCGCACCCCCACCACGGUGGUGCCGCAGAAGAGCGAGCUGACGCUGCUGUGCGAGCGAUUCCAGCAGCACCAGUUCUCCGGCGUUCUCAGCUUUGGGGGGCCGCCGCGGCUUCCUCGCGCGUGGGAGGUGCCGGUGCCGGUGCUGGCGCUGGCCGACGGCUCUGCCAACAUGCUGAUGCUGAACGACGUGGCAGAGGCGCUGGGGGUGCCGCGCCGCCGCCUGUACGACGUCAUCAACGUGUUCGAGUCGAUCGAGGUGAUGCGGCGCGUGGGGAAGCUGAUGUAUGAGUGGGUGGGCUUUGACCACCUGCCCGGCCUGCUGGAGCAGCUGGCAGAAGACGAGACCAACGGCGUGCCUGUGGAGGACCGCAUCCGCCGCGCCCCCACGCUGAUCAUCGUGAACGAGGCCGGGGAGGAGAUUGGGAGCGGCAAGGGCAACAGCCACUCGCUGUGGGUCCUGUCGCGCCGCCUCGUGCGCAUGCUGCUGAAGCAGCGGGGGCCCAUCGCGCUCACCGCCGCCGCCGCCGUGCUGGUGGGCCCCGGCGGCGUGGCCGACCCUUCCAAGCACCGCAGCCAGACGCAGGCAAGCUGGCGCGCGCAAGGGAUCACUGUGGAGCGGCGGCUGUACGACAUUGGCUCCAUCCUGUGCUCUGUGGGCCUGCUGGAGCGCAUCUACAUGAAGAAGAGGCAGCCCGCCUUUGAGUGGAUCUACGGCUGGCGCCCCGGCGACACGCAUGACCCGCCCAAGCUGCCCAACCGCGUGGCGACGGCGGCGGCCGGCGACGACGACGCCGGCGGCGGCGGCGGCGGCGGCGGCCGCGCGGGGCGCAAGCGCGCGGCCAAGGCGGCCGCCGCGGCCGCCGCGGCCGCCGGCCCCGACGCCAAGAAGUUCAAGACGGCGGCAGAGGCGGCGGCAGAGGCGGCCAUGCUCGCGGGCGGCGGCGGCAUGGCGGCGGCCAUGGGGGCCAUGCCGUUUGGCAUGCCCAUGGCCGGCUUUGGGCACAUGAUGAUGCCGCCGCCGGGCAUGGUGGGCAUGGGGGCGGGCGGCGGCGCCGGCGCCUCUCCAGCCAUGUUCAUGGGAGGCAUGGCGGGGAUGACCCAGAUGGGCGACGACAAGCAGGCGGCUGCGGCCAUGGCCGGCGGCAUGCAGAUGGGCCCCUUCUUUGCGCCGCCGGGCGCUUUCUUCGCAAACCCCAUGAUGCAGAUGAACGGCAUGCCCAUGGCCAUGCCAGCAGCAGCCGCCGCGGCCGCCGAGCCCAGCCCGCCCUCUGCUGAGCCCGCUGGCCCCGAGGGCUCGGUCGACAGCGGCGCCGCGGCGGCCGCCGCGCGUGCCGCCGACGACGCCGCGGCCGCCGCCGCCGCGGCCGCGGCGGGCGGCAUGCCCGGCAUGGCCGGCGGGCACGGCAUGAUGAUGUGGCACCCUCAGAUGGCGAUGAUGAACCCGGCCAUGAUGCAGCAGUACCAGCAGUACCAGCAGGCAGCCAUGAUGAAGUCGGGCGAGCACCAGGUGGCGGCGGGCGGCUGCAAGCCCGGCGGCGCGCCCAUGGGCGGCGCCGCGGCCUCGCCCUUCCCAGGCAUGAUGAUGGCACCCGGCAUGAUGAUGGCGCCCUACCCGCUCAUGCAGCCCAUGCAGAACUUUGUGCCGGUGGCCGCAGGCGCCGCCAGCGCCGCCGCCCCGCAGUGA